AUGCCUCUCAGUGCUAAGCAUAUCUAUCCGGCAUCGGACCCGCAGUUCAUCACGUUUCCAAGUCGACGAAGUACCGUACAUAGCAGUAAAGGCAUUGUGUCGAGCACACAGCCGUUGGCUACACAGGCAGGGCUUGAGAUUCUGAGACAAGGCGGGAAUGCUGCGGACGCUGCUGUGGCCGUUGCUGCUGGUUUGAACAUGACCGAGCCCGGCUCUACUGGCAUUGGUGGCGAUUGUUUCUGUCUCUACUACAAUGCCAAGACGAAGAAGAUAUCUGCUAUGAAUGGUUCUGGUCGUUCAGGCUCCAAGACAUCACUAGAACAGGUUCGGCAUGACCUUGGUAUUGCGGACGGAAAGGCGGGCAGCAUACCUGUCGAGAGCGUUCAUGCUGUCACUGUUCCUGGUGCAGCAGCUGGCUGGGUUGACACCGUGGAACGAUUCGGCAGUGGGAAGCUUACAUUGGAACAAAUCCUCAUGCCAGCGAUUGAGAUGGGCGAGAAAGGCUUCCCAGUCUCGGAGCUGUCAUCAACCUUCUGGCUAGCCAGCGAGGACAAAAUUCGCAAUGCCUCGCCCAACUUCGCUGAAAUGUUGAAGAAAGACCCAUCCGCCAAAGAUGGAUGCCGUGCGCCACAAGCAGGCGAGAUCAUGAAGAACCCGAACAUGGCUAAUACUUACCGCCUCCUUGCCAAGCAUGGCAAAAAAGGGUUCUAUGAGGGCCAAGUGGCUGAAGCCUUAGUUAAAGUCGUUACUGAUCUCGGAGGUCAUUUGACCUUGGACGAUUUGAAGGACCAUGCCACAGCAGGAAGCGAAGACGUCGAUGCCAUUUCACUAGUGUACUCAGGGCAUGGUAUCGAUCCUGUCAGAGUCUGGGAGCACCCACCUAACGGCCAAGGCAUCGUCGCCCUGAUGGCUCUCGGUAUGCUUCAAGAACUCGAGAAAUGUGGCAAAGUGACGAAGUGGUCCGAAAAGGACCACAAUAGCGCGAAACACCUCCACACCCUCAUAGAAGUCCUCCGUAUAGCCUUCGCCGACGCUAGGUGGUGGGUCACCGACCCCAACGUCGUCAAUGUACCCACCGCCGAACUCAUCUCUCCAUCAUACCUAUCUUCGCGCGCAUCACUGUUCUCCCCGACCACCGCCUCCGCACUCAUAUCUCAUGGCUCGCCUGCCCACAACCACUCCGACACAGUCUACUUCUCCGUAGCCGACGCCGCCGGUAACGGCAUCUCAUUUAUCAACAGCAAUUACUCCGGAUUCGGUACUGGCAUCAUUCCCGCGGGCUGCGGCUUCACCCUGCAGAACCGCGCCGGAAAUUUCGCGCUGCAGCCAGCCGACCAUCCAAAUGUGUACGCACCGAACAAGAGGCCGUAUCACACGAUUAUCCCAGCGUUGAUCACGAAUGCGGAAGACGAUACGCUGCAUAGCGUGUAUGGCGUUAUGGGCGGGUUUAUGCAGCCCCAGGGGCAUGUGCAGGUAUUGCUCAAUAUGACCGUAUUUGGGCUGCAUCCGCAGGCUGCGCUCGACGCGCCGCGAUUUUGUAUUGGGGCAGGGAUGCCGGAGGCCGGAGAUGUUGCGGAUCGCACGGUCUAUCUGGAAGACGGUAUCAAGGAUGAGGUCGUGCAGGAGCUGAGGGCGAUGGGACAUAAGGUUGAGGUUGUGAAGGGGUAUGCGCGGGGUUUGUUUGGGAGGGGGCAAUUGAUCAGGAGGCACGAGGAUGAUGGUCAGCUUGUUUGGAGUGCAGGCAGUGACCCAAGGGGUGAUGGAUCUGCAAUGCCGCAGUGA